AUGACGACCCAGCUUACGCCGUCGAAACAGGCGGCUGCAAGCCUUGAGAGCCUCAAGGUCAAGGACAGUCCUGUCAAAAAGCUCAACUUCAAUGCAGAGGACAAGGAAAACAUGCCUGUCGCCCUCGAGUCCACCGAGCCCACGGCCAAACCUGAGUCAGAGAUCGAGAAAGAGCCUGCCACAGAAGCAAAGGAGAAGAUUGAGCAGCCCCAGGUCCCCAAGACCCCCAAAGAGCUUGAAGCCGAGGAGCCUUUGCUACAAGAGAACCCUCAUCGCUUCGUCCUCUUCCCUCUGAAGUAUCAUGAGAUAUGGAAUAUGUACAAACGUGCAGAGGCCAGCUUCUGGACGGCGGAAGAAGUCGAUCUCUCCAAAGACCUUCACGACUGGCACAACCGCCUCAACAAUGACGAACGCUAUUUCAUCUCCCACGUCCUUGCUUUCUUCGCUGCAUCAGACGGCAUAGUUAACGAGAACCUCCUCGAGCGCUUCAGUGCCGAAGUGCAAGUACCAGAAGCCCGUUGCUUCUAUGGGUUCCAAGUCAUGAUGGAGAACAUCCACUCGGAGAUGUACAGUCUUCUCAUUGACACAUAUGUGAAGGAUCCCAAAGAGAAGACAUAUCUCUUUGACGCCAUUGACACAAUUCCAUGCAUUCGCAAGAAAGCAGACUGGGCUUUGCGAUGGAUCGCAGAUAAAGAGUCGAGCUUUGCCCAGCGAUUGGUGGCUUUUGCAGCCGUCGAAGGCAUCUUCUUCUCUGGAUCCUUUGCAGCGAUCUUCUGGCUAAAGAGCAAGGGCCUCAUGCCCGGCCUCACUUUCUCCAACGAGCUUAUCUCCCGUGAUGAGGGUAUGCACACGGACUUUGCAUGCCUGUUGAUGCAACAUCUCAAGCACAAACCCGACCCAAAACUCAUCGAAAACAUCAUCACCGAAGCUGUCAAGAUUGAAAAAGAGUUUCUCACUGAUGCACUCCCCGUCUCAUUGUUGGGCAUGAAUUCGAAGCUCAUGUGUCAAUACAUCGAGUUUGUCGCCGACCGCCUGCUCCUCGCCCUGGGCAACAAACGAUACUUCAACGCCCAGAACCCAUUCCCAUUUAUGGAGAACAUCUCUCUUGCCGGCAAGACAAACUUCUUCGAGAAGCGCGUCGGCGACUAUCAAAAGAGCGGUGUUAUGAGUUCAACCAACAAAAAGGCAGAGGAGAAGUCCACGUCCCCCAAGGAGGAGAAGACAGAGGACGAAAGCAACGGCAUCAGUUUUGACGAAGACUUUUAG